ACCUGGCUGGAGAUGCGCUCCCGUGUCCCUCCGGUGCCUCUGUCCAGACGGCUCUCACCCACGCUGCCAGUCUCAGGUAUGAUGACGCACGAUCUCUUCCUGUACCACCGCUGUCCUGUGCACCGCGUGUACAUGUGAUACAGCCCCUUCCUCUCUCCAUCUCACACACACACACUAUUUUACUCUACACGGAUGGAGCCACACACGAGACUCGCAUGUACGCACGUCACGGCGCGUCUCCGUCCUCAUGUGCGCUGUUUGGUGAUGUCAUGAUUUGUCUAAACUUGGACCGCUGCCUCUCUUCUGCUCUUGGGGCUCGCGUUUGGCUCUUUACGCACCACUGUGGAUGCUGCCGGGACUAAACUAUCGCCGGAUCAACUUUAAAAACCGCUGGAUUACGCGCGCACGCCUCUGUAACCACGCAUGGAUCUUUCCUUCACGGCCGCUUGCACCUGAUGUGGCUUGAAGUCUGAAUUAAUUUUGAUGGCUUCGUGGACUAGUGGUCCUUCCUGAGGUGGUCUGAGGACUGGGAUUCUCCGCGGCUCAAUGGAGGAGGAAAGUAGCAGCCCAAAGAAGACAGGUGGGAGCCGGGAGACUACCGUGAACUCGUCCCCAGCGGUGGCGGCGAACGCGGAGGGAGAGGAGAUCGAGGUUUUGGAGAGCACAGACGUGGUCCCCGCAGCAUCAGAGGAAUAUGACCCAGAGCACUCGGGCUUCAUCAGUACGGAGCGGUUCAGGGACCUACUGGCCACUCACAGCUCCGAGAUUGACCCUCACAAACUGGAAGUCCUUUUGGCCCUCGCCGAUGGCAAUGGCAAGAUCUGCUACCAAGACUUUAUCAACUUGAUGACGAACAAGCGGUCCAACAGUUUUCGGAGGGCCAUUCUUCAGGGCAGUCGUCAGCUGAAGGGGUGUAACCUGCGUGACGAGGUGGGUCUGGGGCUGUCUCAGAGGCUGGUGCGUCACGUCGCCUAUGAGACCCUGCCGCGAGAGGUGGACCGCAAAUGGUACUUCGACAGUUACAACUACUGCCCCCCACCCUGGCUCAUCCUGGCCAUCACCAUAGCAGAGGUAGCAGUCUUCAUAUAUUAUGGGUUCAAGCUGGAUCGUCUGGUGCUGCAGGUGUCCAGUCCGUUGUUCCUUAAGAGCCCUUUACCGUACCAUCCUCAGCUGAGAGCGCAGGCCUGGAGGUAUCUCAGCUACAUCUUCAUGCACACAGGGAUUGAGCAUCUAAGUCUGAAUAUGGCUAUGCAGCUCUUGGUGGGGGUCCCUCUGGAGAUGGUCCAUGGAGCCACGAGGAUCGGGCUGGUCUAUGUGUGUGGCGUGUUAGCAGGGUCACUGGCUGUGUCUGUCACUGACAUGACUGCUCCAGUGGUUGGUUCAUCUGGUGGAGUGUAUGCCCUUGUAUCAGCACACCUGGCUAAUGUUGUAAUGAACUGGUCGGGAAUGAAGUGUCAGUUCAAGUUAUUCCGCAUGGCCAUGGCUCUUGUUUGCAUGAGUGUUGAGUUUGGUCGUGCUGUGUGGCUCCGGUUUUACCCGCCAGCUUUUCCUCCAUGUCCCAACCCAAGCUUCGUGGCCCACCUGGGAGGCGUGGUUGUGGGUUUGACUCUGGGUGUGGUUGUCCUUCACAAUUAUGAGCAAAAACUUCAAGAGCAGUCGCUGUUCUGGAUCUUCUUCUGUGUCUACACCUUGUUUGUGUUAUGUGCUGUUUUCUGGAAUAUAUUUGCAUACAGCUUGCUUGACGUGCGACUCCCCCCACCACCGUGACUUAUGGGGAGAAAGUGACAGUUUGUAGUAGCACUGGUAUAACUGUUAAUGUGAGAAUCAUGUGAAUGGCACACAUAUAUAGUCUUAACACUGAACACACAAAUAUGCUGGCCACAUUAUGCAGUACAUUUGUUAUACUUCAAAAUGCAAAAAAAAAAAAUUAACAAAUGCACCAAAAAACAUUUAAAUUUACAGAGGUACUUGAGUACUUAGAUAGAGAUAUUGUACCUCUCAGAGUAGUUUUUAGACACCACCGUUUCACUUCUACUUUAGUCAUAUUUAGUUUGAAGUACUCUUACUUUAGUAAAGGUUCUGUUCCUCUUCCUACUGUGCGUAAUCCUACAAGAAAAAAGCUUUAUGUUGAUAAUAUUAAAUUAUUUGAACAUAUCAAUUUCUUGCACCAUUCCUUCAUAUAUAAUUUUAAUUUUUCAAAAUCUUGUGAAGUAUCCUUUGAAAAUACCAUAUUUUGAGCAUUAUGGAUUUGUCCUUCCAACUUCAAAUUUUAAAUCAGAUAUUACAUCAAGACCCUCAUACUUGAUGUAAGGCAAUUACUUAUACUUGAGGAGUAGUUUUCCCAAGCACUGUUUUACUCUUACUUGAGUAAUUUCUUGAACCACUAAUGUAACUUUUAAGUAAUAUUACUCUUACUGGAGCACGUUGGUUACUUUACCCACCUUGGCCAAUAAUGAGUUUUGACCUUCAGUGAGAAGUUACUGCAUUCCACUCUGUGUUUCUACCCAGUGAUUCUUGUAAUUAGAAGUGUUCUAUGUGUACUGUCUCACAAUGUGGCUAGAAAUGUUACACAUUCAAAGGCCUCGGAUCUCCUUGUCAUGCACAACCCAGCGGUGCCUACAAAUUUAGCACACUUGCCUUUUGUGUGGGGUAACUCAAGCUCAACCCUGCAAAAUGUUGAUAUUGUUAUGACUUAAAAGCUUGUGGUUUGCUGCAAAUCAGAAGAAAAUAUAAACCUCUGGAAUCAACUGACACUUCUGCAGUACAGCCCUUAUAUUAAAUAUGCUGUGUGAGUACCUUUGAUGCUAUAGGCUACUGUAUGUAAUUUAUUGUUCAUUUUACUUUUUGUUGGCUAUUUGGAACUAACUUACAAAAGUUUUCAAA